AUGAACAAGCUCACCAAACUCAUCACCAACCUCUACCACACCGUCCUCCAGACCAACUCCAACCCCAACUCCACCUCGCCGACAGCCUCCUCCACAGAGCAAUCUACUCCCUCACCAAAACACAAAGUCAAACACCCCAAGAAAAACCUCUUCAUCCCAACCAAACACCGCAAGAAAUCCGCCCACGAACUGACCGGCCUGCCCAGCUCCUGCCCCAUUGAUAUCCUAGCGCGCGGCCACUCCGUUCAUACCGCUCCCCCCGCCGCGCACACCCUCGAUUACUCAAUGUUUGCGUCGUCCUGUCCUGAUGCGCGCUGGGCGGGCUUGAAAGGCGGCGCUGCUGCUGCGCAGGGGAUCGAGCCGGAGGCGGAUAUCACGCUGCAGCCGCAUAGCAUGGACCAUCUUCUUGUGCCUGGGCUGCCGCGCAUUCAGCGGGGCCGGAGUCGGGAGGAGCAGUUUAGUAAUGAGGAUUAUGAGGUGGAGUAUUGUGCGUGGUGA